AUGAACAUUUUCAAACUAACCAAAAAGUCUGAACGACCAACAACCGAUAGGCUUCCUGACGCCGAUGUUGACCACGCCGCCUUGACAGACGACGUGCGCCAACUCAAACAAGUCGGCGCCGGUGGGUUGGAAUUCGUCCCGUUCUACAACUACGGGUUCGGAGGCCCUCAUUUGAAUCAGUCCGACGUCUACGGCUUUGGAAAACCAGCCUUUGUCGACGUGUUUAGGACCGCGCUCGAGGCGGCCAAGGCCAAUGGCCUCAUUAUGGACUUUGGCCUCGGGGCCAGUCAGGGCCAGGGUGUCCCUGCCGAGCCGCUCACUCCGGGUCUCGCCAUGCAGUUGGUCUACGGCAAGACGACCAUCAAGGGCGGGGAGAAGUUCCAGGGCGACCUGCCCGCGGCGGAGAUUGACUGGAACGAGGAGUUGGGAUUUGUGCAGCCCCAGGAAAAGUUUGGUGGCAAUCACCUUGUUGGUGUCUCGGCCGGUGCUGUGAAAUACGCAAAUCAGUCUAGCAGCGCUGUAGCCUUGAUCGAGGAGUCUCUAGUCGAUCUGUCGGCCAACGUGAGCGAUGGAAGGCUCACUUGGCAAGCCCCAACGGACCACGACGAGUACGUCUUGUUUGCCAUCUAUGAGCGCUACACCAACCAAAGGUCUGCCGCUGGAAUUCCCUCCGAUGUCAUCGCCAAUGGCUCCUGGGUGACGGACCAUUUCAGUGCGGCGGGGGCAAAGCUCGUGUCGCAAUUCUGGGAGCAAAACAUCCUGAGCAGUGAGAUUCGCGAGCUGCUCGAGGCCGUCGGGCAGCAUUCGUGGGAGGACAGCAUGGAGAUCCAGGCUUCCCUCUACUGGUCUCCAGAUUUUAUUGAAAAGUUCAAGACGGGCCGAGGCUACGAUCCAGUCAAGUAUCUGCCCCUGAUGUUUGACAAGUCGACUUCGUUCAUGAGCCACGGGGCGCCCUACAAUACGACAUACUACCUGGAGGGUGCUGUGGAUCCUGCGCAGGCAAAGUACCUCCAGGACUACCGCCUCACCCUCAACCAAGGCUACAUGGAAUAUCUGCAGGCUCUAGGGGAGUGGGCCAACUCGCUCGACCUCUCCCAUUCCUGCCAGGUGGCUUACAACCUCCCCGUGGACAUGCUCGCCGCCAUUCCCUCGGUGGCCGGGCCCGAGCUCGAAUCUCUCGCCUUUACCAACAUUGACGAGAUGCUUCAGUUCACCGGGCCGGCACACCUGGCGCGACGAAACGUAAUCUCGACGGAAAUCGGUGCAGUCCAGUCCGGUGCAUACAGCCAGUCGCUGCCGUCUCUGCUCCGACUCUUCAACCAAGCAUUCGCAGGCGGGGUCAAUCUCAUGGUAAUCCACGGUAUGCCAUAUGGUGGCGAACAGCCCGAAACGACCUGGCCGGGAUACACGCCAUUCCAGUACGUCUACUCGGAGAUAUGGGGCCCUAAACAGCCCGCGUGGAAGUACAUGUCCGAGAUGAUGAACUAUACGGCCAGGAACCAGCACAUCCUCCAGCUGGGGAUUGCUAAAAGAGACUUGGCAUUCUACAUGUACAAGGAUCCCUACUCGACCACUGUUGCUCACAAUGGGACGAAUCUACGUGCAAAUGGCUUUUCCUACGACUAUCUUUCGCCAGCCAACUUUGCCAGUGAAAAUGCCACCGUCAAGGGAGGGCUACUUGAUCCGACUGGCUCAGGAUACCGAGCUCUCGUUUUCGACCAACAGCAGUUCAUUUCCCCCGAGGCGUCCACAAAACUGGUCGAGCUCGCCAAUGCAGGCCUACCCAUUGUGGUUGUUGGAUCCCUCCCAAACACCACCAUCGGCUCCGUUGGACAAGAUGUCGUAUCAGAGGCCAUUGCAGAGCUCGAGUCGGCCGGUCACGCCAACCUCAAAUACAUCAGCUCGCCAGACUCUCUGGUCCAAGCACUGCAGGAACUGUCAGUCAAGCCUCGAGUCCAGACAUCUCCGGCAAGCUUCGCCCAGACCCUGCACACGACCUGGAGAGCAGAUGCAGCCUCCAACUACGUGUUCCUCUACAAUGAUGGACCCGCAGCGACUUUCAACGUCGGCGUCGAGGCGAGCAGCGACCUGGUACCCAGCAAGCUCGACGCCUGGACCGGCACCCAGGAACCCGUCGCCAUCUAUGGUCGGUCUGAAGGCAGAGUAAGCCUGAGCGUGUCGUUGCGGCAAGGCCAGACUGCCAUCUUCGCAUUCAACCCCGCGGCGGAGCCUCGAGACCACAUCACAGCAAGCUCGGAGAACGUCGCUGGGGCAUCUUACGGCCCGGAUGGGAAGAUGUCGCUCGUCGUGACCGACGGCGCUGCUGGAUCCGUCACCCUGUCCAACGGCAGCACGCACCAGAUACCAGCCCUCACGAACGGCACCAACGCAACGCUGCCCUCGGUCGAGGUGGGACCGUGGAAUCUCACGCUCGAGUCGUGGGUCCCAGGCCCCGACGCUACGAAAUCGGCUUCCGCCAAGCAGGUCCUCGAUCUCGGCUCGCAGAACGCCCUCGUGCCAUGGUCGCAAAUCCCCGCGGCGCAGAACGUCUCGGGCGUCGGCAUCUACACGGCGACUUUUACCCAGCCAGCCGUCGACCAGCUGUCGAGCGACGACGUCGUGACCGUCGUCGAUUUUGGACCGAUCCUCAACACCAUUCGGGCCUGGGUCAACGACGAGCAGCUGCCGUCGGUGGACAUGUCUGCGGCGCAGGUCGACAUCUCGCGGUACGUGGUCCCUGGCCAAAACUCGAUGCGGGUCGAGGUCACGUCGACGCUGUUCAACGCGGUCAAGGCGAGGGUCGACGGCGUCGAGAACUUUGGUCUGGGGCCGAAUGUGCCUCAGUUUUACACGGCGGUGGACUGGCAGGAGUACGGGCUGGUGGGGCCGGUGCGGGUGAUGGCGUUUCGCAAGGUUACUCUGUAG